GCUCACUGUGUAACGAUAUUUGCUAUUCUUCUUCGACGAAUCUUCACUUUUGAGAUUUCUGCAUCGUAAUGGAUCCAGAAGGGCUCGGAAUUCCUCCAUGGACUCAGGUGGCAACAGAAAGUUUUCUCCAUGGGCCCAAUCCCAGUGGGAAUUGCCGUGUCUUUGUUGGCAAUCUUCAUCCAGAUGUUACCGAAAAAAUUCUUGGGGAUUAUUUCAGUAUAGCUGGUCCCGUUCAUAGAUGCCAAAUUACUCACAACGAUCAGUUACACUACGGUCAUGUGUUCUUUUCUAAUCGACAGUCAGCUAUAAUUGCUAUUGGAGUUCUGAAUGGAAGCCGCUUUCUCCAAAGGCCCUUACUAGUCUGCUGGCCAGAACCUAGAGACUGGCGGGAGAUCAAAACAAUUGGCUACUUCUAUGUUAUUGUUCGUAAUCUUUUGCCAGGGAUUACUGUCGAUGUGCUAUUUGCAUACUUUUCUGUUUACGACAGUUGUGUUGAGGCAAAGAUCGUGGUGAAUGAGAACAAUCUGCCACUUGGCUUUGGUAUGGUUUCUUACCGCGGCCAACAGCAUGCUUAUAGGGCCGCGAAUGAGUUGAAUGGCACAACGCUUGAGGGCACACAACUUCAGUGCUCUUUGGUGGAAGAUAAUGCUGUACCAGGCAUGCAUACUCCGGUUUUCGGUUUACAACAUUUAUCCGAAACAACUUCGCUUGGACUACCAGUAUACCCAUUCCAUGUCGACAAUGAGGAACGGAUCGAUCCACAGUUCACCUAUAUAUAUGUUUCCAAUCUUGCUCCCGGCGUCACAGGAGAACUCCUGCGAAACUUCUUCGAUAAUCUUGGCUCCGGAAGAGUUGAAUUAGCCCACGUUGUACCGGGCAAGAACUACGGCUACGUAAGGUUCUGCAGUCAGUAUGAAGCAGCUGUUGCUAUUAAGGAGGGAUCCGGAAAAAUGCUUAUGGAUUCAACAGUACAGUGCACGUGGAGUAAGACGCCUACUCCGAUAGACCAGUUGGUUUUCCCUCUACUUCCACAGAUUGCGCCAAAUGCAGCAUUAAUACGAGUGCGAGCGCAUAGUCGUUUGAAGGCUCACCUUCGGGAACUUGGACAUUGAACUCGAUCGUUGAUCAUCGAGCGACUUGCAUGCGCUUAAGCCCGUUAUCGUCGUCAUUGUCGAAAACUGGUAAUGUAGUAGUGAAUGCAUUGGUGUUAGUAUGAUGAUAUUUGUUUUGUUUUGUACAUAUCUUAGCUUAGGUGUUUUCGUUUAAGGAUCUCA